CCUUUCAGAUGCUGGGAACUCUCCCUGCUGUUGCCCAUCAAGGUGCCUCAAGUCAGCUCCCUGCACUGGCUGGCAGGACAAGCAGCCACUAUGCUACCUCAGGUCAGGCCAAAGACCCAGAUCCCAGACAGCCUCCCCCACAGUCCGUGUCAGCAGCCGCAGCCCCUCGGCCUGCCGAGGGCCACGGCCGUGGUCAGUCUGAGGAGCCAGGGCCCCACGUUGCCCACCGCCAACAGCACCUUCAGCCCCAGCGCCAGAGCGACGCCUCGCCGCCCCCCGCCCCGCCACGCGCCCCGACGGCGGGCCCCGGCUCGGGCAGCCCGGUCCAGCACGCCUCCGCGGGGCCCGGGUGGCGUACGCCAUCAUCGCCACCUCCCCCGCCCCCGGCAACGGGGUGUCCCCCGUCACCGAGGCCGUCAAGGUGAUAAUAAUCCAGCCCCAGGCCCCCAGCAGCACUGAGGGGUCCCCGGGGGCCCAGGCGGACCUCCCGUCACAGGAGGUCCCACCCGCCCCAAAAUCCCCGAAAUCCCCGAAAUCCCUGAAAUCCCCCACCCAGAAGAAAGACGAAGACCCAGAGAAAGUAGCCUUCAUGGUGGCCCUGGGCCUCGUAACCACAGAACACCUGGAAGAAAUCCAGACGAAGAGACAGGAGAGAAAGAGACGAAGCACAGCCAACCCGGCCUACAGCGGCCUCUUCGAACCAGAGCGUAAACGUCUGGCGUCACAUUACCUGAACAGCUCGCUCUUCCUGUCAGCACGAG